AUGACGCUUGCUCCGUCCGGUGCUCGUGGAAAGUAUCUAGCUCUGUGGAUUGUCUCGCGAAAUCUCGGACAGUUAGUCGGAGGUGCAAUUAAUCUAGCAAAGAACCAUGAGAAAGGUGCCGAUGGUGGAGUCACCCCUGAUACUUUCAUUGCCUUUGUGAUCAUUGAGUGCCUCGCUCUUCCAUUCGCAUUGUUAAUCACGCCCUUUGAGCGCGUUAUCCGAUCUGAUGGCACCCAUAUCGUUACUUCAGAGACGCUUUCGACCAAAGAGGAGCUUAGGCGCAUUGCAAAGACCAUAACCUCCAGGCUCAUUGUGCUUUCAUCCCUUUGGGCAUUAUGGUCAUUUUUCUACACUGGUACUUGGACUACCUACUUAGGAACCUAUUUCUCUGUCCGGGCCCGUGCUCUAUCGUCUCUGAUUUCUCCUUUCUUCUGCAUAAUCGGCUGCUUUGGUCUCGGUUAUAUCCUUGACAUGAAGGGUCUCAGCCAACGCCGCCGUGCGCAGAUCGGUCUCUACACCGUCGUCAUCCUCAACGUUGGUGUAUAUAUCUGGUCUAUCAUCAUGCAAACCAAGUUCAACCGCCAUGAUCCUGGCCACAUCGACUGGGAUGACAGACUGUAUGCUUCAUCCUUCCUGCCGUAUUUCUUCGUCCAGACCACAGGUCCGUUGUCACAGUCGUACAUGUAUUGGCUUCUGUCAUCUUUUGCAACAGAUGCGCAAGAGAACGUUCGUAAUGGUGCAGCAUUCAGAUGCAUCGAAGCUAUCGGUCAAGCAAUUGCCUACGGCAUGAAUACUCAAACCACGAGUGACCCUCUCACAGGAUUUUGCGUGACGUUCGCCCUCCUCGGAGCCUCUUUGCUCCCCAUGAUUAUGCUUGUGAACACGACACCGGAUCGCAUCCCUGCUGAUGUGAUUGCUGAGCAGCAGGAUGUUGCUCGGGACAAGCUUGAGAGUGCUUAA